AAGAAACAGAGAGAGAGAAACACAAGUGGAAAGCGGCGAGAAUCGGCAUCUCCGAUGCGAUGGCUUGCGAACACGGUUUUCCUUGUUUCGCUCCCGAGCGGCGCUCUGGCACCACCAGGAUGCGAGGAAAAUUCUCUCACACAAAGUGGAAAAUCGUCGCGCCGUCCGUCGACGCAGCAGCUUUUCCGUACGUGUGUGAUGCAAAAACGGUAGUAGUAGUAGUAUCGACACGGUGUGUUGUAGCAAAAGUGUGAUUGGAGACGAGGAAGGAAAAAAAUUAGCAAAUUGCUUCUUUGGCCAGCAAGUUUUCCUACAAACACACACACGCACACAUGCACACAGGCAUAGGCAAGCGUUAGUCUUAUCAUCGUCAGUGCAUUCGAAAUCGAAUCGAUGGUUAUGUUAUAAUCAUCGCCCAGCAAGGAUAUCCAUACACAGGGCAAGGACCAUCGGGGGAGGGGACCUCCAGCACUCCACUGUGUCGACAGCGUUCCGCUGAGGGAAACAUUGGCUUAAGGCGGAAAAUAGAAAAGUGCGUGUGCGUGUGUCCAAUGACUUCCAGCGCAGGCAGCCAUAAGAAAUUGGUGAAAUUGCACGAGAUUGCCAGUGGAAAGCAGCAAACAUCAGCAGCAGCAACAGUGGUCAUCCGGCAGCAUCGUCCAUUGGUGCAUUAAUGAGAGAGCACAGCUUUGUGAUACGGUCGCGAAUUAAAUCCCUAGAAUGGAAGAUCCAUUUUUCGUGGUGAAAGACGAAGUAUUCAAAGCAUUGAAUAAAACACGUGGGUUGUACAUUCGCUGGCGUGAACUAAACGAUGCACAUUCGGGUGGAUCAACUGCCGAGGCCGACUGGACAACGACUGAACUGAAGAACUCGCUCCGCAGCAUCGAAUGGGAUUUGGAAGAUCUAGAGGACACUAUUAGUAUUGUAGAGAAAAAUCCGAGCAAAUUCAAGAUCGACAACCGGGAACUUUCCAGCCGCCGGUAUUUCAUCGACGCCACCCGGGAUGAGGUGAAGUCGAUGAAGGAUCGCAUGAGCAUCAGCCGCAACCGUGACCAGGACAUUACCGCCCGCCAGCCGCUGCUCGAUAACGUCGAAUCGUCGCCGCAGCAGCUGCAAAGCAAAAACUACAUCAACAACAACAGCAUCAUAUCAAACGGUGGUGGUGUGGCCGUGCUGAACGGCAACAACGGUACCGCCGGCGGUGGGCUACACAGCAGCAGCUCCUCCACGCUAAACUGCAACCUGAACAACAACAGCCAGGUGAACAAUCUAAAUCUUGCCGAAACGGGUAAACAUCUGAUCAGCUCGGCCGGCGCAGCGAUGGCCUCGAGGCACAGUGGGGCCAAGUACUCCAAGCUGGAGAACAACCUCGAUGACAGCCCGAGCCACUAUGUGCCGUCGGCGUCCGGUGGUGCCGUGCUCGAUUCCAACUCGAGCCGGUUUGUCGAGGAUACGCUCGCAACGCAGCACAGAAUUCUGGUCGGACAGGACGAGCAGCUGGACAUUAUUAGCGAUUCGAUCGGCACGCUUAAAACGGUGUCCCGCCAGAUAGGCAUCGAGCUGGAUGAGCAGGCUGUCAUGCUGGACGAGUUUGGCAACGAGCUGGAGCAAACUGAUUCCAAGCUCGAUGCUACCAUGAAAAAGGUGGCGAAGGUACUGCACAUGUCCAACGACCGAAGACAGUGGACAGCAAUCGUAGUUCUAUCGAUAGCACUUGUAGUUGUGAUAAUUAUUUACAUCAUUCUCUAAUCUAUAUCUGUCUACCGUAAAACAGAACACACAAGAUGAUUACCCGGGUUAUGGUAGGAGUGGGCGCGCGUGGGAAGUAAGCUAAAGUUAGGCGGUGUAAGUUAUUUUUGCAAUAGGGAGUAUGUUAAAGAAACAAACCAAAAAAAAAAGGAAGAGCGUAUCGUAGUUUACUAGUAGUUUACUACUUCGUUUAAAGCGUAAAGGUAUAAUGAUUGUGAUUUUUUUUAAACUUCUACCAUAAGUUUUUAGAUCAAUUCUUAACUUACAUCAUUAGUAAAAAAAGGUUCACUCAACACCAGCUCAAGAGUUUCAAUCGAUUAUUUUAAAACUUUUAGAAGUUGCAAAUCUAUUUCCCUGCUUUUGUGUGUUCUAUCGUCAAGCGUGUGUAAACUACACGUUUCGUACCACUAAGUUCAUCCUAAGAGUAGCUACUUAACACUAAAAAACAUUGUAAAUAUCGUACUCAUCAUUUCGUAUUGGCGGGAUCAUCUGCUCAGGUUUGAUAAGUCCGGUCUAAUUUUGCAUUUUUUAUAAGAUCACUUUUGUUCCGUGUUUGGCAAACGAGAAUACACCCGUUUUAAAAUCCCAUUCCUCUGGUGAAUGAUAUUUCAAUCGGUUCUUGCGAAUAUCAUCAUCAGCUUAUUUAAUCCUUCUGGGAGCAGUAAAGAUUUCGUUCUAGUCAUACGUUCCAUAUAAGCAAACCAUAUACAAACUCCCCACACACACGUAAGAUGGCGAAAGAGUGUAUGCAAACAAAAUGGAGAAAUGGAUUUACUAGUAUUACAACUUGAACUAUUUCUGUUUUCUAAACAAAACUACCAACACACACACACACCUGUAAUAGCAGAGUAAUAAAUAUUAAACCAAACCCCGUAGAAGCAACAGGCGCGAUCAGAGACAGUCGAUUUGAGCGAUUGAUCGUUGCAUAUAUUUUUCGUGAAAUGUAUUAAAUGUAGCUCAGAUUUAACCACUCCGUUUGAGACAGCCAAAUUUUCCUAUAUUUAAACCCCGAGUCGUCGUCAACCAUUACAACACAUACACAAAACAACAAAUAGAGACGCCGCUAGGUGUGGUAGCAAAGAGCAAAAAUGGAAAGCAAUUAAGAACCGGUUCAAUCGGCAGAGAGGAUGUGUGCUGAGUUGCGGACAAAAGAAGAGAAAAGCUGACCAGUGGGCGAUGUAGGUGUAGGAAAUAACACUAAGGAGGAGGACGUCUUCCUUCUUAACACGGUGCAAGGCCCUGACUAAACGUAGCAUGUAGGAGGAGAAUGUGCGCUCACUGCGGGAGCACCGUUCGAACAAAGACACAAAGUAGUAGUGUGGUAAAGUUUUUUGAAAUUCCAAGUAAUAUUUUUGUCGCGUAGCCAUUCAUGAUUAAAGUAAAUGCAAUAUAAAGGAAUGAAAGAUA